AAUCUUCACAUGUUGACAGAUCUGCAUUCACUAAUAAUAGUGAACUCAAUGUUGAAUCAUUGAUUGAGAACUUGAAGAAUACAAUAAUGAAGAAAUUGCUUAUAUCAUGUGUGAUCAGAUCUCUUACAUCUCUCUCUAUCUUCUCUGUUUCUUUCUCUGCUGCUCUCUCUCAAUCUUCUACAUCUGUCUCUGUGUCUGAUUCCUCUCUCACUACCUCUGUUCCCGCGACCCUCACUUCUGCUACUUCUGAUUUUACUAUCUCUGCUUUCAUUACCAGCUCUCCCCAUUUCAGAAAGAUAUUGUAUAGACUUAAUAAAUCACCUCUCUCAAGAGUCAUUCUCUCUCUCAACAGUGUCAAGAUUAUAAAUAUCUGUGUUUUCAGAAACAGAAACACAGAUGUUGUACUCUUUUAUACUCACAGAUGUGAGACUU